AUGAAUCUCGAUUCAGCUUGUGGGGGUAGUUGCAUGGCCAAACCGUACAGUGAAAUCCAACUCUUGCUGAAUACCUUCACUGCUAAUGAUAAUAACUGGCAAGGUGAUGGUGACUCACGAAAGGCAGUUAAGAAAAAAUUAGCUGGGUUACUUGAGCUCGACGAGGUGUCAGCAAUGAGAGCCGAAAUUGCAAAGCUGGCCAAUCAGAUGACUAGGAUAACAAUGCAGCAGCCACAGCCAAUGCAACAGCUGAUCCAGUCCACAAGGAAAUUUGUGGGUCUACCUCAUGAAGACCCGCAGAGGCUGACACUUUUCCCCUUUUCUCUGAUCGGGGAAGCUAAGGAGUGGUUGAAUAAGGAGCCGGCUAGUUCAAUCCGCACUUGGAAUGAUCUGGCAAGGAAAUUCUUAAUCAAGUUUUUCCCUACCAAGAAAACAAAGGUGUUGAGGAGUCAAAUUCUUGGGUUCGAACAACGAGCUGGCAAGACACUUCGUCAAGCAUGGGAAAGGUACAAGAAGUUGCUCAGAGACUGUCCUUACCAUUUCCAGACGGACGAGGUAUUGGGUCACACUUUUGUAGAUGGGCUAGAUGAUGCUUCAAAGAUGAAUCUCGAUUCAGCUUGUGGGGGUGAUGGUGACUCACGAAAGGCAGUUAAGCAAAAAUCAGCUGGGUUACUUGAGUUCGACGAGGUGUCAGCAAUGAGAGCCGAAAUUGCAAAGCUGGCCAAUCAGAUGACUAGGAUAACAAUGCAGCAGCCACAUCCAAUGCAACAGGUACAACAGAUGACUAUUUGCUGCGAACUGUGUGGUGACACUCAUAUGAGUGAUAUGUGCCCCACGAAUCCAGAAUCCAUCUAUUAUAUGGGGCAACAAAAUUGGGGUCCACCGAACCAGCAUGCACAAUACGGGAAUUCUUACAAUCCAAAUUGGAGGAAUCAUCCCAACUUCUCACGGGGUGGAAAUCAGCAGAGUCAGAAUCAGUAUAGACCCCAAGGGGGUUUCAAUCAGCCUCAGAGACCACCCCAACAAAUGGAAGAGAGCACAAAUGUUUUACUAAAGAAGUUGUUGAUUGACAAUCAGCAGCUCAGGACCGACUUCAGAAAUCUUGAGAGGCAGAUGGGGCAGUUAGCAACAAAUCAAAACACAAGACCUGCAGGCGCUCUCCCCAGUGAUACAGAAAAGAAUCCGCAAGUGAAUGCCGUUACACUUAGAAACGGGAGGGAGCUUGAGGAAGUGCCAAAUAAAAGGAAAGAUAAGCCCAUACCUGAGGGGGAGUUGAUCCCUAAAGUGACAAACGAGCCAAAGAAGACUGCUGAAAUUCUAGAGCCACUGGAGGCCCCAAGGCCACCACCACCUUUUCCCCAGAGAUUCUUUACAAUUCCUGUGCGCAUUGGUAAUAUUGAUGUGGGUCGUGCUCUUUGUGAUUUUGGGGGAAAGCAUAAAUUUGAUGCCCCUAUCAUUGUUCAGGCAAUUGGGUCUGGGAGCUCCAAGAACAACUACUGUGAUGUUGCAGCUGGCUGA